AUGGAUUCAAACCUUCCUUGUUUGAUCGUCUUCAUCUUGAUUGGCUUUGUCGAAUGCUCUCCUAAUAACCACCAGCACAAUGGCACCCGCCACUAUGAUUACUGUGUGCUCGGAGCUGGGCCUUCAGGACUGCAGAUGGGAUAUUUCCUCUCCAAGGCUAAAAGAGACUACAUCAUCUUAGAGAGGAACUCUGUGCCGGGCAGCUUCUUUAACAAGUAUCCCAGGCACAGGAAGCUCAUUAGUAUUAAUAAGAUCUACACAGGAAGGCACAACCGAGAGUUCAACAUGCGCCACGACUGGAACUCGCUGCUGAGCGAUAAACCCGACCUCCUGUUGAGGAGACUGAGCAGAGAGUUUUUCCCACCAGCUGAUACCUUCCCAGAAUAUCUGUCCAUGUAUGAGAAGGAGCUCGGGCUGAGGGUCCAGUAUGGUGUGGACAUCGGAAGGAUCAGGGCAGUGGAGUCUGCCACGGGCAGGAACUACAUCCUGACUGAUCAACAUGCGUCACAUUACAAAUGCAGCGUCCUUCUGGUAGCCACAGGUUUGUGGGUUCCUCAGAAGGUAGAGUUCGUCGGUUCUGAACUGGUUGAAAGCUAUGACACCAUCUCCACUGAUCCUGAGGACUACAAGGACCAGGCCGUACUUAUUCUGGGAAAAGGCAACUCGGCUUUUGAAACAGCCCAGAGCAUCUCGGCAAGAGCUAGUUAUGUACACAUGCUCAGUUCCAACCCUGUUCGACUGGCUUGGCAAACACAUUAUGUUGGAGAUCUCAGAGCUGUGAAUAAUGACAUAUUAGACACUUAUCAGCUGAAGUCCCUUGAUGGGUUGGCGGAGAUACCCCUGAAUAAAAUAGCUAUCAGUAAAGAGAAGAAGGGACAAUUGUAUCUGACUUUAAAUAAGUACAUACAACCCCAGGAAGAGAAGAACAGCUCUGAUGUGACUGGAGAAGAACUGACAGGGUAUCACAAGGACAACUUCUUUAUGCGAAAGCCCUACGACCGAGUGAUUGGAUGCCUUGGAUUCCGAUUCAACUUCAGCGUAUUUGACAGCUCUGCCUGCCCAAUGAACAGUGACAAUGCAAAAGGGAGGUUGCCGGCGGUGUCAGCCGUGUAUGAAGGGAAGAACAACCCUGGCUUGUUUGUGCUGGGAACCGCUGCUCACUCCCGAGACUACCGCUCAUCUGCUGGCGGCUUCGUCCAUGGUUUCCGUUACACAGUGCGAGCUGUACAUCGUGUACUUGAACAGCGUUACCAUAGUAACCAGUGGCAAUCGACAACACUAUUGACAACGCAGCUGCAGUCCUGGAUUCUGAAGCGGAUCGGCGAGGCCUCUGGAACAUUCCAAAUGUUUGAAGUGCUUGGGGAUGUUAUACUUCUUCGAGGCUCUCACUGUGAAUACGUUGAAGAGUUUACACUCCAGGCCUUGCCUCAGUUCUCCUCUGUCUCGGGCCAUGAGGUCUCCAACCAGGGACUGAUAGUUCUAGUCAUGCAGUACGGGAAGAAGAAGAUAGACUAUCUGGGGCGGAACAGGGCUGGAACAGUCUGGACCAAAGCUUAUAAAUCCAGCUUUCUGCACCCUGUUUUAUACUACUAUGACAAACUUCCUACCGAGGAAGAAAUGAAGCUCCGUCCUCAUGGCUGGCCGUUACCAAGGCCCAAGGCAAUCCACCACAUGGUUGAGGACUUCCUCGCAGAAUGGGAGGCUCCCAUAUCUCACAUCCAGCCACUGCAACACUUCCUGGAGAACUGUGUCCAGACUGACCUCAGGGCCCACUAUGCUGAAACGUGUUUCCGCUCAUCCCUUACCCAACGCAACCCCCCGCUGUUUUGUCAGCAAGGAUACUUGAAGCAGCAGGGUGUCGCUCACAACAGUCAGCUGUGGCAGCACAUUAAUAAGGCUGGACUGAUGCCUACUGAGCAAGAUGCAGACAAAUCGGGGGCUAAACCUGCACUCCCCAACUACCUGGCACAAGCUGGAGCCUCCAUGUCUUCAGGACUGAAACUUGACUUCUGAUUGUUGAAUCUAUACCUACGAUGCUGAUUAGGUUUCACUUGCUACCUCCAGCACCCUUUAUAAUACCCUCCACAAGACCAAAUGUUUUCAGAGAAUAUCCUCUUACAUCCCAACGUUUUUGGCUUGUGACCCCUUAAAAUAAGACACCGUCUACUUACAAACCCUUGUCACUAGAUA